UUGCGUCACAAGCUGCAGCUGUGCCACAACAAUGAGCUUCAACAACGCUGCGCCGGCACCGGAUCUCUUGGCCUCUGAGCCACAGAAGUCCCAGACCUUGGCCAGCGCUGUUCAGCCAGGCCUUGAGCAUCGACCUUUCUCUGAUGAGGAAAUCAAGGAGGCCUUUGCCACCUUUGAUUUGGACAACAAUCGCUUUGUGGGUGCAGCGGAGAUUUCUCACAUCCUAAAGCUCAUUGGCGAAGAUGUCUCGCACCAGGAGAUCGAUGAGAUGAUCCGCAUGUGCGAUUCAGACGGUGAUGGGCAGGUGACUUUCGACGAAUUCUACAAGAUGAUGACCACGCCUGCGCCGCCCCUGCCUCCUCCUGUCAUCUCCAACAAGAAGAAGCCUUAUUCUGACAAGCUGGGAGGUGCGAAGAGGUAUGCAAAGCAAUUGACUGAGACAGGCCCCACCUUUGCUCAGAAGGCCAAGGAGGAGUUGUCUCAGUUCAAGGGCGAUUGGCGUGCGCAACAGCAAGCGCAAGCUGGCUCAACUGCAGCGGAUCGACAUCAUCGUUCUGUCACCGUGGAAGCUUUGAUCACCAAACUUUCUGGUGGCAUGGGAAAGAUUAAGCCAUCUCAGAUCAAAAAGAUCUACAAGCGGUUCGGGGAUAUCGAUGUGGACAAGAGUGGAGCCAUUGAUUAUGAGGAGUUCAUUCAGGCGAUGGACAUGGAGGAUACCAACAUUGCAAGACAAAUGUUCCGUGUCUUUGACAUGGAUGGCUCCGGCAGCAUUGAGCUGAAGGAGUUCAUUGUGGUGCUCUCCCGAUACACGGCAGCAGCCAAGACAGAAAAGCUUAAGUUUGCCUUCAUGAUGUUUGAUGAGGAUGGCAGCGGUCUCAUCGACCGCCGCGAGCUUGUGGAGAUGUUGCGGGCAAGCUUCGUGGUGGAAGGCUUCAGUCCUGAAGAGCUCGAAGAAAGGGCUGACAAGAUCUUCGACUAUUUGACGCUACCGCGUGAUGGUGCCAUCGGCUACGAUGACUUCUUGAAGCUCGCAUCUGCCAAGAAUGGCCUCAUUUAUCCGGUGGAAGAAGAGAGACGCACCUUGGGUCAGGACAAGUCGAUCGACAAGUAUUUGAAAGAGUAGAUCCCGUUGCAUUCCGGGAGCCGCAGCAGCUGGAAACCAAUUCAACGAACAUGUGGGUCUUGUUUGGC